GAUAACAAGAACAAAUAAACUUGCCUAAUGAGGUUCACAGCGAUGAUAUGGCGAACCACACAAUUAUUAGGUGUUAGUUUGACUGCAACUUGAGGUGUUAGUUUCUCGUUCUUUUAUCUUGGUGGGGAUAUAAAACGGGGAAUAGUCCUCUUCCAUUUUUAUGGAUUUGUAUAAACAAAGGGAGAGAGUGGGAGAAAUUAGAAGUAUGGGGAAGAGUUCAUGUUGCUCCAAAGAAGGCCUAAAAAAAGGAGCUUGGACUGAUUGGGAAGAUAAAAUACUUGCAUCAUAUAUUAAUGUUCAUGGGGAAGGCAAAUGGAGAAACCUCCCCAAGAGAGCUGGUUUGAAAAGAUGUUGCAGAAGUUGCAGACUUAGAUGGGUGAAUUAUCUUAGACCAGACAUCAAAAGAGGCAACAUCUCCCAUGAUGAAGAAGAACUCAUUAUCAGACUCCAUAAUCUUCUUGGAAACAGAUGGUCUUUAAUAGCCGGAAGGCUACCAGGGCGAACAGACAAUGAAAUCAAGAACUAUUGGAAUUCUACUUUGAGCAAGAGAACCAAAGCUCAAGCAUCCAUUAAAUAUCCUCGUUCAAGUAAUUUUACACAUAAAACGAUACCAAUCGAGUCUAAACUCAAGGAAUCAUCGAAAAGAUCAGCGAUUCAGACUAAAGCCAUUGGGGGUAGCAGCAAGGUCAUGGUCCCAACACAGCCACCUACAAGUCAAGAUAUUGAUAAGCUUCGAGAUGGUAAACUUUACUCAACAAAUAAUAGUCAAGAAAUGGGUGGUGAUAUUGCAACAGUUGAAGCUCAUAAUGGAACUCAAGUGCUUGAUUCGUUGAACAGUGAUGGCGGCUCGGAUUUGUUGAGCUUUGAAAUCAAUGAACUGCGGAAAGCAAGCGAUGGAAAUUUCGAGGAGAACCGUAUGCAGCUGUUACCCUUUGAUGAGGCAAUGUUUGAGGAUUGGACCACGUACCCUUAUCUUAAUGACAAUGCCGCCACAGGUUGGGACUCUUUGGCCUUUUUGAUUGACAGUAACGACUGGCCAUGAUGGUGAAAUAAGAAAUUCUGCAGUAUUAGUUUCCAAAACUAUGGCGAAUUUAUUAUUCAUUGGCUGCAUCUUAAAUUAAGUAUGCUACUUUGCUUGUUACGAGCUAUUAUUGAAUAAUAAACUCAUCAGCGAGUAGUGUCGCUAGACUUUAUCA